CGAGGAAGCUUCAAUCUUCACUUCAUCUUCCUCAAGGAAACUAGAAAUCAAUCCAUGGUUUUCCACUUUUGUUAAUAUCAUUUUUCUUAUCAAUCAUCCGCAGACGUUCUUUGUUCCUUGUUUCUAUCAGCUCCUUUGACAUUCGAUUAGGGAAGGCUAAUUCCUGCUUUCUCUACGUAUACUGUCUACUGGGUGUUGCUGAAGGAAGCAGAGUAUUCAAGUCCAGUUGUUGUUGUCAAAGAGUUUUUUUAUUUUACUUUACAUUUCACUUCUUAAUUCACCUCCAUGGAUGGAUCUUAACAUUGACAAAGCUCAUCUAGUUGUUGGGUGAGUUGUUUUUGCCUGAUGGAUGAUUCUGAAAGCACAAGCUAUGGUGGGGAAGAACAUGUCUUUGCAGCAGCUCGAUAUAUGAUCAAGGCAUUAGGUGCUAGCAAGACCAUUAACGACGAUGUCAGAAAACUCCUCAAUGACCUGGAUUCCCAUCUCUCGCUUCUCACUAAACUACCCGAGGAUGAUUCAGAUGAAACUAAGCAGUUGAAGAAGCGAUUAAAGUCUGUUAAAGAGAGGAUAUUAAUAUGGGAAUCAAACAAGUCGAAAAUAUGGGAUUUGGGAGCCGACAAAUUCGCGGAGUACUUACAAGCAGUCCAGGAUGUUCGAAGCUUGACCGACAGUCUGAGAAAUUUGCUCCCAAAUGGAAUAAUUGAUAUGGAAAUCAAUCAAAGUCAUGAUGUUAUUCAAUUGGCAAUGUUAAGAGUUGAGGAUGAGUUAGUUCACAUUCUUACUCAAAAUCGGUUAUUUCUUGAACUAGAUUGUUUCUCUCCUCAUUCGUUCGAAGAAGAGACCGAUUACGAAGAGUGGACAAUUUAUAAUUUGUGUGAAGAAGAGGAGUUACGUUUGGCCGACUUAAUCAAUCCUGACGUAGUCCCUAUAAUUAAGUCGAUCGCGAACACCAUGUUUUCCUCGAGUUACGACCACGAGUUUUGUGACGCUUUUGUUGCCUUCUGGAAAACUGAGCUGGAGGAAUAUUUGGUCGCGUUCGAUAUCGGUUCUCUUACGAUAGAUGAGUUGUUGAAAAUGGAGUGGUUGCAGUUAAUCUCCAAGGUGAAAAAUUGGAUAAGGAAUUUGAAAAACAUAAUCGUUUUCCUUGCUAGUUCCAAACGGUUAUUCAACCUAACCCUAGGAGAAUUUGGACCCAUAAGUGGCGAGUCCUUCAUCCGAUCCUCGAAAGGCUCGAUGAUUUUCCUCUUAAACUUCGGUGUUGCUCUAGCUACUUAUCCUCACGAGCCAGAAAGAUUGUUCGACAUACUUCAUAUUUACGAGUCCUUGGCCAAUCUUGUUCACUACAUAGACACAUUAUUCUCGGAACCUUCCGGAGCAUUGAUAAGAACCGAAUGGAACAAUCUUCUCGAAAGAAUUGGGGAAUCAGCCAAGGCAACUUUCAUGAAAUUUAACACUGCGGUUGCUUCAAAGACAUCAACAACCCCUUUCCCAGGUGGUGGUGUUCAUCAUAUGACUAAAUAUGUAACCAACUACAUAAAUACGGUUACUGGUUUUAGCGUAACUUUGGAUAUACUUCUAAAGGGAGAUGAUGGGCAGACAGAUUUGUCUUCCCAUCUAUUGGCGUUAAUGUCUACUUUAGAAAUGAGCCUUGAAAUUAAGUCAAGACUUUACAAAGACAGUUCUUUGAAGCAUAUAUUCAUGAUGAACAAUAUUCAUUACAUGGUGGAGAAAGUUAAUGGUAAACCGCCUUUAAAAUUUUUGGGGGACGAAUGGGUAAAAGAACAUACGAUGAAGUUUCAGCAGCAUGCAACGAGUUACGAGAGGGUAACUUGGAAUAGGAUCCUAGAUUUGUUAAGGGUUGAGGAGAAUAUGUCCAGAAAGGUUAAUUUGAAGCAGAGAUUUAAGGAAUUUAACGAUGUUUUUGAUGAUGUUUAUAAGACUCAAGCGUCGUGGUUGAUACCGAAUCCUGAGCUUCGUAAGGAUUUGAGGAUUUCAAUAUCGCAAAAGGUUGUUGUGGCGUAUAGAGGGUUUAUUGGGAGAAGGCUUGUUGCCGAGAAGUAUAUUAAGUAUAAAGAAGAUGAUUUGGAGGAUUGUAUAUUGAAUUUAUUUGAAGGAUGGGCAAUGUCAAUGCGAAAGUCUCAAAGAAGAUGGUGAAGAUUUAUCAGGAAAAAAGGUCGGUUUGAUAUCUUAUUCGAUUCCAUUUCUUUUUUACAGUACUUGGUUUUUGAUUUAGGAUACUGUUUGUUUGUGUUGUUGUAUUAUAUGACUUCAAUUUAUGUUAGCUGUAAUAUAUGUUCUUUUGUGCAUGUGUUCUAGAUACCUUGAUAUGUGAAAUGAGUAAAAAAUCAUCUUUUUGUACA